AUGGCAUGGAUCGCGCUAGUUCUGCGAGUGCGGGUGGGGGUCAAGAUUCUGAGCACAUUUGGCAUAGACGACAUGCUAAUGACCGCUGCGAUGGCAGUUUUCACGGUUUAUGUGGUUGUGAUCCUAAUCGGCAUUGCGCAUCAAAUGGAUCGCCAUUACCUGGACAUUGACCCAAAAAACUUCCCAGUCGCAUUGAAGAUGGAGUUUCUCUCUGGCAUCUUCUACGCCACCGCAACACCGUGUUUGAAGGCAUCUAUCGGAACGCUGCUUCUGCGAUUCGUGCGCAGAAAGCUCUAUAUCUACAUCAUAUAUGUCGGAAUAGUCGUCUCUAUCGCGGGAAAUCUGUGGACCUUUCUCGAACUAAUCUUCUUCUGCACACCACCCCAACAUUUCUGGAAUCCAGUGGUCGCCGGAAGCUGUAAAGCACCCAGCGAAUUAGCCAGAGCCACCUUGGGACAGAAUUCUAUCAAUUUCAUUACAGAUUUAGUUUUCGGGGUUCUCCCUGCUUUCGUGGUGUCGGAACUGCAAAUGAACCGCAAUACCAAAGUAUCCUUGGCAGGCAUUCUUCUGGUCGGCAACUGUGUUAUGGUAGCGACCGCUGUCAGAUUCAAGUUCGUCACAUCUCUCCCCAUCGACAGCCCAGAUUUCCUAUACAAAAUCGUGGAUGCGCGAGUUCUUUCUACUGUCGAAAUCGGCAUCGGCUGCGCUAUGGGAUCAAUGGUCACGCUGAAACCGCUGUUCAAAGCCAUCCUCCAUCUCGGCUCCUCGUACAAAUACGGCUCCGCCUCAAACAGAAAGCGCUCCGAUUACGCAAACCAACUGCAUAGUCUGGACAAUCUCGACAACCAGUCACGCGCGAACGAUGGUGUCCUCACCCUGUAUCCUCUGCACACCACCCACGUGAUGGCCGGUAAAGAACCACACAAUCGGAGUAGCGAGUGGGAACGAAACGGCGACGACAAAAGCGUCGAGGCAAGAGGAGGUGGCAUUCAGCAGGAUGUGACGUACACGAUUACUCAUGAUAAGCCAUAAGAAUAGGCUAUUGCUUAGGAAUAGGUUACUCAUUUUAAAGUUGGGAUUUCGCAGGCGGUGUAUUAG